AGGUCAUCGAGCAUCCCCUGGAACUCGAAGGACCUGUGCCUGUAUCGAGCCAAGGUAACGGUGUCUCGCACGAGACCAACGUGCACAAAUCGCUCCCCUCCAAGCACCGAUACUAGUACUGACCCAAGUACCUCAAUCCUUUCCCACGAAUACAAAUCCAAAUCCAAAAACCUAAAUUUCACAAGCCCAAUUCACACAGCUCACAGCUCACAGCUCAUCAUAUCUCAUCAACAACCCACCACCACCACCACCGCCAACACCAACAAGACACCAACCAUAAACCAACCAUAAACCAACCAAAAGCAAAAACAAAAAGAUGAUCAUCCUCCGCAGCUACGAAGAUCUCCUCUACAUCGAACCGGGCACCGUCUCCCUCGCCACGAUCGAAUCGACAGGCCGCUUUGUCCUCCUCGACGCCUCGACGAUCAACAACCCCUACGACUUCCAAAAGUACACAAACACCUUCCUCCAAGGCGUCCCGGGCGUCUGGAUCCGACAAGACCCGCCAACUAAGAACGGCCGCCUGGUCGCCGAAAUGGACCUGGAAUCCAAACCGGCCAAGCACGUCUCUGCCGCCCCCGAACCGCUCCACAUCCCCAAGAUAGCCAUCAACCGGAGCAACGCCGAGUCCACGGCCAACGAGGCCACCGAAGACGGCCCGCUGAUGAAAUGGGUGUCCAUCGUCGAGGGCCGCGACGGCGAAGCAACCCGGAAACUCGUCAUCAACUACAGUCUCCUGGAUGCGGUCAAGAGCGCCUUCUACGAGGCUGCCAACGGGUAUGCGACCGUAUUUACGUGCGCGCUGUGGAACGCCGAACCCAUCCCCUGGCCGAGAAAAGAUCUUUUGCUUGUCAAGGCCGGUAGUCAGCGAGAGGCUGGCUUGCUCAAGGAUAAGGAGAAUAUGGUUGGUAUUUGGUUUUAGUUGACACAUACCUAGGUACGGUCCAAGAGCACCAUUGCGGUUUGGCCUUACGACAAGCCUUUGACGCGGGCGGUGCAGAGACGGUACGGACACUGCUGGCAGCAGCAGGUCAAACCGGUCUUAGAGAUUAUAUUUUUGGUCCUUGUGCUUGAAGUAGUAAGGCGAACAAUUCAGGUAGAGCGCAUACCUAAACACGCGCAGCCGUUGGUCACCAAAGCAAUACGUUUUGCGAAGAGGAUGAGCAGGCAUUGGAUUUAGGAUAGUCUUGAUUCUUGAUUUUGUAGAACCGUGUACUAUACUAGGCAACGAUCCCGUGUGCCCUGAGCAUCUAGGUACCCAGGAAUUGCCUUGGGGCCGACGACAGGCACACAUGUUCAUGUAGUCGUUGCUGUAUCGUCACUAACGUAGUCUUGCU